CCCCUUGAGUGCUAGGAUUAUAGAUUUGCAUCACAAGUAGAAAUAUUUAAUUAGCAGCCUCAUACAGAAAUUGGUGCUCUGAUGACAAUCUGUGUGUCAGUAACAUAAAUAUGGGGUUCAUUGACUCAUAAACAAUAUUUAAAGCCAAGGAAAUCAGGCAAAGUCCCUGAGAAAUUAUCUAGUUUGGUGGUUGUUAUCAUUAGGCCUGUGGUAACCAGUGUGAUUAAAUACGUUGGGAGUUUAGAGAAUUCCAGUUUAGCAACUGUAUAUAUGAACCGUCCUUAACUCCACAGGUCAUCUUGUUUUUCUCACCCUGCAUUUUUUCCGAAUACUUCAUCUUGUGGAGAAGAGAUACAAUACCUGUAUCCGCAGAUGCUCCCUGGAUCUCUGGCCCUAAGAAUUUUGGCUUUUAUUUUCAGUGAACCAAGGGCCAUCUAUGUUUUCUGCAACCUACAGGACAGACCAUGAAGCUGAAGGAACUUGAGAGGCCAGCUGUCCAGGCAUGGAGCCCAGCCAGCCAGUACCCUGUGUAUCUGGCCACAGGGACAUCUGCCCAGCAACUAGAUGCUUCCUUUAGCACAAAUGCCACAUUGGAAAUAUUUGAGAUUGAUUUCAGGGACUCUUCUCUGGACUUGAAACACAAAGGGAUUCUUUCUGCCUCAAGCAGGUUUCACAAGUUAAUCUGGGGAAGCUUUGGCCAUGGGCUUCAGGAAAGUGCUGGGGUUAUUGCCGGUGGUGGAGACAAUGGCUUGCUUACUCUGUACAGUGUGACCCACAUCCUUUCUUCAGGACAGGAGCCCUUGAUUGCCCAGAGACAGAAACACACAGGGGCCGUCAGGGCCCUGGACUUCAAUCCUUUCCAGGACAAUCUCCUGGCUUCAGGAGCCAGUGAUUCCGAAAUCUUCAUUUGGGAUUUGAACAACCUGAGUGUUCCAAUGACCCCUGGAUCCAAGUCACAGAGCCCCCCAGAAGACAUCAAAGCACUGUCAUGGAACCGCCAAGUCCAGCACAUUUUGUCUUCUGCUCACCCCAGUGGCAAGGCAGUUGUGUGGGAUCUCAGGAAGAAUGAGCCCAUCAUCAAAGUCAGUGACCACAGCAGCAGGAUGAACUGCUCAGGCCUGGCUUGGCACCCAGACAUAGCCACCCAGUUAGUGCUAUGUUCAGAAGAUGACCGGCUUCCAGUGAUCCAGCUGUGGGACCUGCGUUUUGCUUCCUCACCCCUGACAGUGCUAGAAAGCCACAGCAGGGGGAUCUUGUCGAUGUCAUGGAGCCAGGCUGAUGCUGAACUGCUGCUUAGCAGUGCCAAAGACAACCAGAUCUUUUGUUGGAACCUGACAAGCAGUGAGGUGGUGUACAAGCUACCCACACAGAACAGCUGGUGCUUUGAUGUGCAGUGGUGCCCUCGGAACCCUCCUGUGUUCUCUGCUGUCUCCUUCGAUGGCUGGAUCAGUUUGUACUCUGUGAUGGGUAGGAGCUGGGAGGUCCAGCAAAUGAGGCAGGCCGACAAGAUUUCCUCCUCUUUUAGCAAAGGCCAGCCUCUCCCAGUGCUGCAGGUGCCUGAGCCAGUGGCCCAAGGCUCGUUAAUGCCUCCCUUGAAGAAGCCUCCCAAGUGGAUGAGGAGGCCAGCCGGCGUUUCAUUUGCUUUUGGGGGAAAGCUGAUUACCUUUGGCCUUCCCAGCAACCCUGUCCAGCAGAUGCCACAGCCUUGUCCCCGCCCUGUCUACAUCAGUCAAGUCAUCACAGAAUCAGAAUUCCUGACGCGGUCAGCUGUGCUGCAGGAGGCCUUGGGAUCCGGGAAUCUCCUUAGUUAUUGUCAGAGCAAGAUCCAGCAAGCUUCCCCACCCUGUGAGAAGAUGCUCUGGCAGUUCCUGAAGGUGACCUCAGAGCAUGACUCUAGGCUGCAGUUCCUCAGGCUAUUAGGGUUCAGCAAAGAUGAGCUUCAGAAGAAGGUAGACGCGUGCUUGAAGAGAGACUUGAAGUCAGAGGGAAGCCCUUCUCAGCUUGAGGCAGUUGACCUCAAAAGCGACAGACCCCACACCUUUUGUCACAAGGCCUCCAAACACACCGCCAAGGAAGCCUCUGCAUCCUCAGCCUUCUUUGAUGAGCUGGUUCCUCAGAACAUGACUCCAUGGGAGAUCCCCACAACAGAAGACUCUGAUGGACUCCUAAGCCAGGCCCUGCUGCUCGGGGAGCUUCGGCCUGCGGUGGAGCUGUGUAUGAAGGAAGAACGCUUUGCUGAUGCCAUCAUCCUGGCUCAGGCUGGGGGUGUGGAGCUGCUGAAGUGGACACAAGACCAGUACUUGGCCAAGAGGAGAACCAAAAUCUCUCCGCUUCUGGCCUGUGUUAUAAAGAAGAACUGGAGAGACCUGGUAUGUGCCUGCAGCCUGAAGAACUGGAAAGAAGCACUGGCCUUACUACUGACAUACUCAGGGCCAGAGAAAUUCCCUGAGCUCUGUGACAUGCUGGGAGCUCGAAUGGAACAGGAGGGAAGCAGGACACUCACCUCUGAAGCCACACUCUGCUACGUGUGCUCAGGAAGUGUGGAGCGUCUGGUAGAGAGCUGGGCAAAAGUCCAGCAGGCCUCCUGCCCUCUGGCUCUGCAGGACCUGAUGGAGAAGGUGAUGGUCCUUAUCAGGAGCUUGGAGCUACUGCAGGGUUCUGACAAAGUGAGCCCAGGUCCUGCCACAACCUACAGGCUCACCCAGUAUGCCAAUCUCCUGGCAGCCCAGGGUAGCCUGGCCAUUGCCAUGAGCUUCCUACCCAGUGACUGCACCCAGCCCGCAGUUCAGCAGCUGAGAGAUCGGCUUUUUCAUGCCCAAGGUUCUGCUGUCCUGGGCCAACAGGCUCCAACUUUCCCUUUUCCCCGGGUUGCUGUAGGAACUACCCUCCACCCAAAAGAGACGUUAUCAUCCAGAAUGGGAUCCCAGCCUCGUCACCAGGUCCCAGCCCCAUCUGGAGGGCCCAGGGCCACAGCUCAGCCAUCACUGGUGAUGCCCUUCACAUCCUCUCAUCCCAGCCCUUCUCAGGGUUCACAGUCACCAUCUACAGGUGACUACAGGGUACCUGGGCCCCAGGCAACCAUUCCUCUGCAUUUUGGCCCUGGAAUAAGGCCCGCUUCAUCACAGCCACAGCUAUUUGGAGGACCCAUUGUUCAAGCUGCAAACCCGGCUGGAUUCUCUGGAGUGUGGCCUCUUCCUUGUCCCCUUCCGCUCAUGGCAUCCCCAGACACGGUGCAGCCUGGCUCCCCCCUGCUGCCCGAGGCUGCUAGACUUCUCCCUCCACCUCCUAUGGGACCACCAGGUCCCAGCCAGCUGAGCUCCCUGCCCUCAGCCUGUCCUGUCAGGUUCUCCAUGGCUUAUCCUCCUGGAGGGCCAGGGGCUUCCUGCUCCACUACCCUCCCGAGCACUGGCAUCUUGCCUCCUCGUCCAGGACCCCAGGAUGCCUGGCAAGUUGCUCCAGCCACCCGGGAAAACCUCCAGAGGAAAAAGUUGCCUGAGACAGUUGUGCCUCCAGCACCAAUUACAGCUCCAGUCAGGAGCCUUGGCCCUCAGCCACGACAGGCCUCUAGUGUAAGCUGGUCUCCUCCAGGAGCCCCUAGAGAAGGCAGCCUGCAGCCUCAGCAGCUGCCUCCCGGGAAGACAGAAAGGAAGGAGAUGCCCCCAGAACACCAGUGCUUGAAGGACAGUUUUGAGGCGCUUCUUCAGCGCUGUUCCCUGUCUGCCACGGACCUGAAAACAAAAAGGAAGUUGGAGGAGGCAGCCCAACGUCUAGAAUGUCUAUAUGAAAAACUCUGUGAGGGGACACUCUCACCGCAUGUCCUGGCUGGGCUCCAUGAAGUUGCCCAUUGUGUGGAUGUAGGCCACUUUGAACAGGGCCUGGCAGUGCAUGCACAGGUGGCGAGCUGCAGCAGCUUCAGCGAGGUAUCCAGCUUCAUGCCUGUUCUGAAGGCUGUCCUCACCAUCGCACACAAGCUGCAGGGCUGAGCCAGCAGCCUCCCUACCAGGAGGCCAUUUCCGCUCUUCUUGAGCUCCUGGCGGCAAGGGAGAGUUUCUCAGCAGACUGUGUUUAGCUCCCAGUCCUCUUCCCUUGCUGCCAGGUACGUGAGGCUGAGGGCUUGGCUCCAACCAGCUGAGUGCCUGUUUCUUACCCUUUGCCUGCCCACCUGGGGCUUUCUCUGGGCCUUUCAGCGGGGAGGUAGAGUGGAGUCAGGUGUUACUUUCCUAAUGGCAGUCCUGCAGGGCCUGCACCAGAGGGUCUCACAUGGGCAUGUUCUGUUGGGAUGGCUUCAGAGAGGGUAACGUGUCAUUAGUUCAGUCUGUCUCUGCCGUGACUCCUCUGAUAGCUCUUUUUCGGUCCUUUCUCUAACUACUUCCCCCUGCCUCUGUCUUUAUAUUUUAAGGUUCACAUUUAUUGCAGCCUCAGGGAUCUGGAGAAAACUGGUUAAUGUUCACUUUUUCAACAAGUCAUGGACGUGAGGAUUGGGUGUGGGUGUUGAGCAAAAUCGAGAGAAGAAACUGGCCCUUUAAAAAAUGGAACUUCCCAUGUCUUAGCAUUCCUCAGAGCUGACUGGGUUGGGUGGCAAGGGGAAGAGGUGCAGUGAGACUAUGAGGGAAAAGCCUGUGGAGCAGCGGCUCUCACCUGUGGGUCACGACCCCUUUGGGAAUUGAGUGACUCUUUCACAGGGAUCCCUAAGAACAUGGGAAAACAUAGAUAUUUACAUUACAAUUUAUAACAGUAGCAAAAGUAGUUAUGAAGUAGCAGCAAAAUAAUUUUAUGGUGAAGGCAUCACACUGAGGAGCUGCAUUAAUGGUGCUGCAUUACGAAGGUUGAGAACCACUGCGGUAGAGAAUGACCCUUGACCCUAGGCUUGAGCCUGGCCCAAGGCCUUAAACUAUCCAGUCUGAUUUUUAAGCCCAGUUCUGAAAUCACAGCCCUGCGUCCCCUCCGCUGCCUUAUGUCUCUGAACUGCUUUCUCUGGCCACGUUUUCAUGCUGACCUCUUAAACAGUACAAUAAACUGAUCUGCUUUCCAAAGUCCUUUCCCAA